UGGGUUUGGUUCACCAAUUUGUUGCUUAUUUGUUUGGUUGGUUGCGUGAACAAUGCUCUAAAUACAGUUCCCUGUUUUGGGCUCUUUUGCCAUCCAACCAGAAUCUCUUCUUCCCACUCCUAAUUAUCGGCCUUCCUCUUUUGGCCCUAACCUUUUUAACAAAUUUCUACGCCCAAAACUGAUUGAGACACACCCCUUUCUUACAAUUUAUCCCAAAUUGUUGCUUAUACUCCUUUUUUCUCUGGUUUGCUUUCAAAUCUUGGCGAACUUUUGCGAUUUGGGUUGUGUUUUUCUAUUCAUCUCUUGCUCGGGAUUUUGAGAACCCAGUUUUCUUGCCUAAUUUCUCGAGAAAUUUUACUCAGAAAGGAAACCAAAUCAUUUUUUUAGUGUUUAUCCCAUCUGGGUUUCGUCUAAACCUCCCUAAUCUUUCAAUGGAGAUAAAUGGGUGUUCUGAGAAAGACGGGGUUUGCCCCCAACUGCUGGAUUUGAUCCCCAAACACCGGCAAUGGGUUGCUGCGGGAGAUGUUGCCGGAAAACCCCACACCUCCGAUGAUAAGAAGCUUGAACUGAGGCUUGGCCUGCCCGGAGAAGGCGAUUGGUCCGGCAAAGGAAAGGAUGAAGCCGUUCCUUAUUUUGGGUGUUUUCCUGUUUCUCAUAAAUUUUCUCCUUCUGAGAAUCCAUGGCCGCCGUCUCCAAAUUUUCAUGGAAAGUUUCAAGCGGCCAAACUGCCAGCGUUUUGCCUGUCGUCAAUGGGAAAAGAAUCAGUGUCACAGCCCUGUUGCACGAAAAUGGUUGAUCUACAUAAUGCUGAACCUAAAUCAUUUCCUUCCUCUGCAAACACAACUGUUUCCAACAGUUCUCAGAAAAGGACUGCACCGGCUCCAGUUGUGGGAUGGCCACCAAUUAGAUCGUCGAGAAGGAACCUUACAAGCAGCAGCGGCAGCUUCUCAAAGCCUGUGUCGGAGUCGUCCUUGGAUGCAGCACCGAGCAAGCUCCCGGCUCCCAGUAAGAAGGCGGUUGAAGUUGGUGGAAAGGGUCUGUUUGUGAAGAUCAAUAUGGAUGGAGUUCCCAUUGGUAGGAAAAUUGAUCUGAAUGCUCAUGAUAGCUAUGAAAAGCUUUCCUCUGCUGUUGAUGAACUCUUCAGAGGUUUGCUUGCAGCUCAAAGAGAUUCCCCAGCUGGUGGCGUUUGGAAGAAGCAAGAUGACGAGAAACCGAUCACCGGUUUGCUCGAUGGAAGCGGAGAAUAUACUCUUGUUUACGAGGAUAAUGAAGGAGACCGAGUUCUUGUUGGCGAUGUCCCUUGGCAAAUGUUUGUUUCGACGGUGAAGAGGUUGCGUGUGCUGAAAAGCUCGGAAUUACCCGCCUUGAGUCUCGGUUGCUCGAAGCCACAGAAGAUGGCGCUCGACUCUGCGCCCUAAGUGAAGGAAGAGAGGUUUUUAAGCUGAGGCUUGAGAGAAGACAUUUGAAUUAUGAUAUCAUUAGUAGUAACUAAAAUGGUUAGCUUAAUCACCAAACCCAUAGAGUAAUGGUUUAAUCUCUGUAAUUUCUUGUGAAAUUGCAAUGUAAUCAAUCAAUCUCUCAUCUUCUUUCUUUGUAGAAAGCCUGAAUUAGUCUAAGUUGCUUUUGCAUUGUAACACCAAAACAAGUGAGUGAUUUGGAGUUUUUAAUGUAAGUUAUCCAACACAUUGAAAGGCCUUGGUUUUGAAUGUGUA